AUGACUGUUUUCAAAGGCUAUAUCGCAGGUUGCGCUGGCUUCCAGUUUCUCCAGACACACUUUCAGGGAGUGCAGUAUGUUGGUCUUCGGGAAGAUGUCCUGACUGCUACGUCUGGCCACCUGUUGGAGACGGGUCGGGGAGCUGAGGACCAGGAGAGGGGCGAGAGGAGACGGGAGGGGAGUGUCGCUGCGAGUGUCGCCCACCCUCGCCCCGACCUCUUGCAGGCGGUGUUACAGAAGAAGGAUCUCCUCCAGCGGGAGUUUCGCCUCCUGCCCUCCGCCAUUCCUGGGGGGCUACCCCUGCAGCGACCCCCGCCCAGGCAGAGGCUUUCUUCCGCCAUCCAGGCGGAGUCCUACGGCAAACGGAUAACCGCGCUGGCCUCACAGCUGGUGGACCCGUCCCCGUCCCCGUCUCCGUCUCCGUCUCCGUCUCCAGACGCCGCCGUUCCCUCGUCCGUCUCCGACCGCCCGAUGGGGAAGGAGAGGCCAGGGAGCGGGGACGGUUCAGCCAACAUCGGGGAGGGAGAGCGCCGCGCCGUCUCGCCGCCGAGCCCCGGCGAUCACUGGGCGACCCAACCCGGCCGCCGCGCCGCCCACACGACCGUCGGCACCCCCGACGACUCCGACUCCGACUCCAGAGAGGACGACCCACCCAGAGGGAGGUCCACCCCUCUCACUGACGGGCGCACGACCGCGGCGGCCACUGCUUCUCCCGGCGAGAGCUCCGAGGUCGGCACGCUGGAGGAGGCAACGACGACGGGAGGAGGAGAAGGAGCCGUGGACACCACCGUCACCAUCAUCACCACCACCGUGAUCACCUCCCCGCCCACCGCAGUUCCGUGCAGCAUAAGCUUCUCUGGCUCGGAGGGAUAUAUCGACUCCACAGACUACCUGCCACUGUCGGCGUACGGCUCCAUGCAGUGCUCAUUUAAUGUGACCGUCUUCAUGGGCUACGGAGUGGAGCUCCAGGUGAAGACGCUGAACCUCUCCGAGGGGGAACAGCUGUCGAUCCGCGGAUUGGAGGAGGACAGGUGGAUCGUCCUGGCAAAUCAGGUGCUGCUGGUGGAAGGCCAGGUCAUCCGGAGCCCGACCAACACCAUUUCCGUUCACUUCCGCUCCUUCCAGUACGGCGGCAUUGGGUCCUUCCGACUCCAUUAUCAGAUUUUCAUGCUGAGUUGCAACUUUCCACGGAGACCUGACUACGGAGACGUGUCUGUCUUGGAUCUGCACGCUGAUGGGACUGCACACUUCCGCUGUAACCCUGGUUACCAGCUGCAGGGGCUGCAAUCGCUGGUCUGCAUGAAUGCAUCACAGCCGCACUGGAGCACCAAGGAGCCAAGCUGCAGAGCGCUCUGCGGUGGGACGAUAUCUAACGGCACCAUAGGAAGAGUGCUGUCGCCCAAUUACCCCGCCAACUACAGCAACAACCAGACCUGCACUUGGACCAUCGCAGGAACCAAAGGGCAGAAGUUCCACAUGCAUUUUGAGAAGGUUUCACUAGCUGGGAAGGAGGACAGACUCAUCAUCUACAACGGACAGGACACCACCUCCGCCGUGUUGUACGACUCCUCACGGAACGAAUAUUUCCCUCUGGAAGGUCUGAUCAGCAACGGGCGCUUUGUCCAAGUCGAGUUCACCUCCGAUGAGACGGCAACAGGGGGAGGGUUCAACAUUCGGUACGAAGCCUUCGAGCGUGGGCACUGUUUCGAGCCGUACCUGCAGAAUGGGAACUUCACCACGACCAGCCCUUCCUACAGCGUCGGAUCGGCGGUGGAGUUCAGCUGCGACCCUGGUUACACCAUGGAGCAUGGAUCACCCACCAUCGAGUGCAUCGACAUCAGGGACCCUUACUGGAACGGAACGGAACCGCUCUGUAGAGCCCUGUGCGGUGGAGAGCUGAACAGCCAGGCGGGGGUCCUCCUCUCACCAAACUGGCCCGAGCCGUACGAUGAAGGAGAGGACUGUAUCUGGAGGAUCCACGUGGGCGAGGACAAGCGAGUGUUGCUCGACGUUCAACUCCUGAACCUCACCAACAGUGAUAUACUGUCGCUGUACGACGGAGACGACCUAACCAUGAGGAUCCUGGGCCAAUUUGUUGGAACCAAUGCCCCCUUGAAGGUUUAUUCCACCACGUCCGAUCUUACCGUCAGAUUCCAUUCCGAUCCUGCAGGAUUAAUUUUUGGGAAGGGCCAGGGAUUUAUCAUGAACUAUUACGAGAUGUCUCGGAACGACACGUGCUCCGACCUUCCGGAGAUUCCCAACGGCUGGAAAACCACGUCUCACAGGGAGAUGGUGCGCGGGACGAUGACCACCUUCCAGUGCGACCCAGGCUACGACAUCCUGGGGAGCGACACGCUCACGUGCCAGUGGGACCUGACGUGGAGCAGCGAUCCUCCAUUCUGUGAGAAAAUUAUGUAUUGCACAGACCCAGGCGAUGUCAAGCAUGCCAGCCGCACCAUUUCAGACAGCAAGCUCCUGGUGGGAUCCACCAUCCAGUUCAGCUGUGACGCCGGUUUCAUACUGGAUGGGAAUGCGCUGGUGACCUGCUACAGCCGAGAGACAGGCACGCCACUGUGGACAUCCAAACUGCCGCACUGCGCACCGGAGGAGUCGGUGGCAUGUGAGAACCCGGGACUACCGGAGAACGGCUACCAGAUCCUGUACAAGCGGCUGUACCUACCGGGGGAGACCUUGACCUUCAUGUGCUACGAAGGCUUCGAGUUGGUUGGAGAGGUGACCAUCAGAUGCAUCAUUGGUCACCCAUCACAUUGGAGUGGGCCACUGCCCUCGUGUAAAGCUGCUCAGUACAGCUUCGAGCACACGUUGGAAGCUGCGGAGGCGGCUGCAGAGAGACCAAUGGACGGUGGGAACAUGGCGCUGGCAAUAUUCAUCCCCAUCCUCAUCAUCUCCAUACUACUGGGGAGCGCCUACAUCUACGUCACCAGGUGCCGCUAUCACUCCAACCUGCGUCUACCACUGAUGUCCUCUCACCCAUAUAGCCAAAUCACGGUGGAAACAGCCUUUGACAAUCCCAUCUACGAGACUGGGGACACCAGAGAAUAUGAAGUUUCCAUAUGAACCAGGACAUGGGACAAGGCGGAAUGUUGGGAUGCCGCGAUACUGCCAGAGCCUCUCCGACACCGUACCCCCGAGAAUGACAUUUCUCCACACUUUCCGUGCCCGAGCUGCCAUCAUUUACCUCCUCGACAUGGAUGCUUUCCCAAGUGUAAUGUAACCCAAGCUGUGUCCUGUCCCCCCCCCCCCCACUGUAAAUAAGCCUUGCAACGCAACCUGGGACAAGCUCCCCACCUUUUCCUGAUGUUGUUCGGAAGCAAAAACUGAGUAUUUAAAGGAGAACAAAAUAAGAGUUGAAAACUAAAAUGUACAGCCAUUUAUUUUUGGUCAGAGCAAUUCGCAAGUAUCCACUUCAAAUAUUAAAUUCAUGCCCAUUUGAAUGCACUAAACAAAUAUAUAAAUUGCAGACACAAGGAACUGCAGAUGCUAGGAUCUUGCGCAGAGUGCUGGAGUAACUCAGCGGGUCAGGCAGCAUCUCCGGAGGACGAAGCUAGGUAAUGUUUCUUCAGAUUGGGGAAGAAGGGUCCCGACCCGAAAUAUCACCUAUCCAUGUCAUCCAGAAAUACUGCCUGCCUGACCUGCUGAGUCAUGCCAGCACUUUGAGCUCUGAGCUAGAUAUUUAGCUAGAUAGCUAAAUAGCAUCAUUGCAUUGUAUAAGAAGGGACUGCAGAUGUGAAAAGGUCAAAUGCUUUAAAAUAUGUUAUAAUAGUCCAGGAUGCUGGUUUACACCGAAGAUAG